AGAAAACCUGGCUCAGAAAGAAAAAGAAGAAAAAGAAAGGCGCUUGCGUAUGUUAGCACAAAAAGCCAGAGAAGAGAGAGCUGGCAUUUCCUCAACGACAUUGAAUACAGCUGAAUCUGAAUCAGAUUCAGAAUCUGAAGAUGAAAAGAUUCCAAAAUAUCUCGCACGUGAGCAAAACAGAGAUAUUUCCGAAAAGAUCGCUUUAGGUCUUGCGAAACCCACACUUAGUAAAGAUAGUCUUUAUGAUUCUCGAUUAUUUAAUCAAUCAGAAGGUCUUUCGUCAGGAUUUAAAGAUGAUGAAGUUUAUGACUUGUAUGAUAAACCUCUUUUUGCUAGCUCAAGUUCUACAAGUAUAUAUAACCCUAAAAAGAAUUUUGAUCCUGAUCAAUAUGGUGGUGGAGACGAAGAGAGCAUUAACAGAAUGCUAAGUGUGGAUAGAUUUGGAAUUGCUUCAAAAGGUUUCCAAGGAGCUGAUAAAAGCCAGCCAAGAGAUGGACCUGUGGAGUUUGAAAAAGAAGAAGCAGAUCCAUUUGGAUUUAAUCAGUUCUUGGAUGAUGCUAAAAAAGGAAGCAAGCGCGGGUUGGAAACGGAUAACAAUAGUCAGAACGAAAAACGAGACAAUCAUUAG